CUGUCUUGCGCCUGUCUGUACAUUGUUUUAAUUUAUAACCUUUUGGCCUGAGUUGGCUAAUCUUUUCUCGGAUUACUAGCUUUAUAAGCCACUCUACGAAUAACUGACCUUGUUUAAAAAUGUUAGAGAAAGGGGUCUUUCCUUCACCAGAUGUCUUGUAAAUAAAAAAAGCAUAAAAAAGGGGCGAAUUGCCGUUUUUAUUAGGCAACGUCGUGACUCGUAAGAGAUAAGUCCGAGCUCGGAGGAGCACCUGAAGGCGUCAGCCGUUAACCGCCCCCACUGCUGCCGAACAGGAGCCGUGAAGAAGCAGCCGGAGCGACAGACUGUGGGCUAAGUUUGUCCGCCCUGGCUUCCCAUCACGAGUCGACGGGGCUUUGUUUCAUUGAUGACCAACAGAACAAACCGUCGCUGGCGUUUUAACAUUCACACUAAAAGUGGAGGCGUUAGAGACGGUCAAGCACGCUCGUGACACUCCGGAUAAUUUGAGAGGGACACAAAAAGAAGAAGAGAGGAAAGGAGGGAGGGAGAGGGAAAAGUGCGGCGGUGGACAAAGUUGACACUUCGCUGUCAUGUUUGGUACUUGUUGAAUAGGCUGUGUGUACAUACACAACACUGGAGGCUGUGUGUGCAGCGUGCUGGGAACAGGGUCUUGUGUAUCACCAUGAGGCUGUGACAGAUCAAGCACAAUGAUGGCAGAGCUGGAAAUUGACCAGUCCAACCUUCCACGUGUCCAAGAAGCCACACAGAUGGUCACAGCUGUACUAUAGACUAUGGGCUCCAUGUCACUCUUACAAUGAAUCUUGAGGCCUCCCCUUCGUUCCCGUCAUCCUGGGAAACUUCAGUUAUGUGCCAGUGUUUUGCAGUGCUGGAGGAUGGAGUGUUAGCACACAACCUGCAGGAACAGGAGAUCGAGCAAUACUAUACCACCAACAUCCAGAAGAACCAGCUGGUGCAGAAUGACAUCCGUGUAGCCAAAAGGCUGCAGGAUGAGGAAGAAGAGGAGCAGGCCCAGCAGAGCAGUGUCCUCAGACAGGCCUCAAGACAACUAGAGGAGGAGGACUUUGAGUAUGCUCGCAUAAUUCAGGAGGAGAUCCAGCGUUGUGCCGAGGAGGCCCGUAGGAGGGAGCAGGAAGAUGAGGAAAUAGCUAAACGAAUGCAGGAAGAGGAGAUGCAGAGAAUCGCAAGGAGGAGCAGAGGGCAGGAGGACCAGAGCGAAGGAGCGUCACUGCAACCAGAGCCAAGUGAGGCAAGCCUGGACCUGGGGGAGCUGCAGCAGGUCCUGGAGGAUGAAGAACUAGCUCACAGGCUGCAGGAGGAAGAGGAGAAGCUGUUGAGGAGGAACUCACAGCCCUCUCCAAGUAGCUCGUACCCAGAGGGAGAUUUCAGAGUAGCACAAGUGGCGCAGGAUGAGGAAAUUGCACGCUUUAUGCAGAAGCAGGAAAUGAAGUCGAAGCGAAGAUCUCGUGAGCUCGAAGGGCCAGCGUCAUGGCGCGAGCACAGAGCGAUGAUCAAUCAUCACAACAGACGAGCUGCAAGAGACAGACCGGUCCAGCGAGAGAGGCUUGACUCAGAGGGCCUUCCUUCCCCCACUGAGGACUGCUCCCCAGAGAACCAGCCACCCAGCCCCUUCUCCACUAUACCACAAGGCCAGCAGAUCAGAAACAUUGUGGAGGAGCUGGACCCAACUUUCCAGGCCAGGAGGCAAGGCACAGAAAGCCUCAGAGUGGGACAAGCAGGCCCGACUUGUCAGUCACUUCCCGUGCCCCAGUCUGGCUUACAUGACCUCCUGGAGGAGCCUACUUUCAUCCCACCUACAAAGCGGCAAACGGACAAAUCAGCACGCAUUAAACCCAAAGAGAAGAAGGAAAAUUGCAAGCAACAGUAAUUUUCAACACGUCGUGCUGUUGGAGUGCUUAUAUAUACUUUAUAUUUUAUAACACUAAAUACCAGUUCAGCUACAGAGUUGUCAUUACUUAUGACUUUAAGGUUGAAGCCAGCAGCCCCUAUUAGCACUUUAGACCAGUGGGACAAAGACAAAGAAUUGAGAGAAGUGACAUUUUACAAUAUUUCUUCAUUAAGUGAAUAAAGACAACACUUUGGACUCACGCCGUUAUAACUUUCAAAGGGAAAAUUUAGGGUUAUUGAAGUAUUGUUUGAAUUCUUCAGUGUUAGAGUGUUUAAUUUAAACAGUAUAUCUUUUUUAUUAUAUUUGUAACUUGUAUUUGUUUUUAUUUAGUUAAGCAUCAUGAACAUCCAUCCAUUAUCAUAACUGCUUUUUGUUUCGUAAUUUGCUUUUUGGUGGUGACGCAGCAGUCAGCACUAUGCCGCACAGCAAAAUAGGUCAAAACCACCAGCCAGCUCGUGUUUUUUCCUUUAAGUGGCAUCUUUAAAUCAAGUUGCCUGUCAGGUAGAAAAUCUAAAGUGGCCGGUGGUUCCCAACCCAGAGCCCUCUUUCUGUGGGGCGACCAUGCUAACCACUGCACCACCGAAGAGCAUAAAAAAAAACAAGUAACUUUGAUAACCUUUGAACUGGAGUGAUGUUUUCGGACAGGCCGCUUACAGACAUCCGCUUUGCCAACUUUUCUUUACAGCAGUUUGGCAAGGCUCCAGCCAUGUUCACAAUGGUACAAUGACAAUCAAAUGAACUUAUUUAACCCUGAAAUGGAAAUCCCGUUUUUUAAAGACAUCACAGCAAUCAUGAAAUUAUGCUCAGUUUUUUUUGUAAUAGUCAGAUGUAACUAUAUCCUUUGGAGACAGUAUGAGGAACAAAGAUCCACUUAUUAGCUUUUUGUGUGUUUCAACUCUUUCUCACGGUCAUUCACAUCAGAAAACAAAGACAGUCCUUGAACUGAGAUGGAGGUCAAGUCUCUCCAUACACACAACCACUUGUUAUCAGGACUUCCCCACAUAGCUGGGAGAAGCGGUUAAAAAGCUCCCAACAAUUUGUAAGUGGACUUUUUAAGCCUAAAUUAUGUGGUACAUAUCCAACUUGUGUUUUUGUAUAUUUUGCCAGGUGGGUUUUUAUCAGUCCAGACACCAUUAUGAUGCCAGUUAACAUCAUUCAUCAUACAGAAUGGUUUCUCUAACAGAAGAUUUGAUUUUUAUGCACAUAUAAUCAGUCAUUGAUUUCAGGUUUUUGCUCUUUGUAUGUUCAUUUUACCCACAUUUAAAACACUCUUUGUUGUUUUUUGUUUUUUACAAAUGAAAUAUGCCACUGCUAAGGUGGACCACUAUGAAUGCAAUUGUUCUGUAAGAAAGUGCAACAAAUAAAAUAAAAAAUCCCCAUUUUUA